AUGGCUCAUUCUCUCCCUCUUCCAAUUCCCUGCCCGGUCCAGCUUGGAAGUAUAAAAGGUGACUCCCUGGAAGCUCAGCUGCAUGAGUAUGUCAGGCAAGGAAACUAUGUGAAAGUGAAGAAGCUUCUGAAAAAAGGUAUUUUUGUUGAUGCUGUAAAUUCCAUGGGUCAAACUUCUCUCUUCAGUGCUGCAUUGCUAGGUCUCAGUAAAAUAGUGGAUGUGCUGUUGGAUUACGGCUCAGAUGCUAAUCAUCGCUGCUACGAUGGAAGCACCCCAGUCCAUGCAGCUGCAUUCUCGGGAAAUCAGUGGAUUCUUAGCAAGUUACUGGAUGAAGGAGGUGAUCUGAGAGUACACGAUAAAGAUGGAAAAAGUCCUCAGUACUGGGCUAUGUCAGCUGGAAAAGAAAGCAGCGCUCAGAUGCUGGAAUUUAUACAGCGUUGUACAUUCCACAUGCAGGCUGCCAUUCAAAAUUUUCCCUCUGAUCUACUCAGGAGGGUUGGCUCAUCAAAAGCACUCGUCUGCAGUCCAUCUAGAUUUGGUGGCCUUGUUCAAGGAAAUGUUGACAGUCCUCUGGGUAGAUUUCUAAAAGGUGGAGCUAAUGCAGCCAAUAACAUUUACAGCUUUGGUUUCGGGAAGUUUUAUCUUGCAGGCAGCGGGCAUCUGGGGUACUUAGCAUCUCUCCCUAUUAUUGGUGAAAAAGAUGUGUUCCAGGCAGAUGAUGAGCCAACAUUUUCUUACCAUGUUGGACCAUAUAUGAUCAUGACAAACUUAAUGUGGGGAGGCAGCAGAGUUACAGUGAAGGAACUUGGCUUUGAGCCCCAUCAGAACUGUAGCAAACUACGCUUAGCUGAUCUUCUCAUUGCAGAGCAGGAGCAUAGUAGUGACUUGGAGAAAACCCGUUUAGUAUAUGAAAGGGUGAACUUUGGUUCACUGUACAGCAUCCUUCAUGAAAGGCGUACAGAAUUCCCAGUACUGCACAUGGAGACGAUUUUGCAUGUGCUGCUUCAAAUUAGCGAUGCUUUGCGUUUUCUACACUCCCGUGGAUUCAUCCACCGUUCAGUUACCUCCUAUGCUAUUCAGGUUGUUUCUUCCGGUGAGGCAAAGCUGUGCAACCUGGAAUACAUGAUAGAGAGCAAAGAUGGCGGGGAACACAGUGAUCUGACACGUAUUCCUGUCCCAGUCCAGCUGUAUAAGUGGUGUGCUCCUGAAGUAAUCCUUGAAAAAGUUGUCACAGUCAAGUCGGAUAUCUAUAGCUUCUGUACAGUAGUGCAGGAGGCCUUGACAGAGACCCCUCCCUGGAAAGGUCUUGAAGAUUCAGUUAUUAAACAGCUCAUAAUUUCAGGACAACAGUUAGAAGCAGAUGUCAGGCUUCCUAUGCCCUAUUAUGGUAUCAUAAAGUCAGGGCUAGAGCCUAAACAGAAGAACCGUUCCCUGAAACUUCAGGAUAUUCAGUAUAUACUGAAAAAUUACUUAAAGGACUUAACUAAGUCUCAAACCGGUCAUGUUGAUGAAAUGUCAAAAGCACAAAGACCUACUGUUUUUGCAGAUGUGAACAUCUGUUUGCCAUCAGCUUUUAGCUACCGGCAGAGAACACUGGAAUUUCAGAGUAAAGAGAUAACUGUGGAUGGCAGCUCUAUUGCCUCAAGAUACUCGCUUUUUCCUGAGGAGAACAGUGCUUCAGUGGACCAAGAGGUAUCAACCAAUCUCCAGCCAGUUGCCCAGGACAAAAAUAGUGAUGUAGUUUCUGAACUCCAGACAACCCUCAGUGUCAGUGAUGUGGAUGACAGCCUCCGUAGCUUUGAAAUCAAUGAAAUCUUUGCAAGUUAUCCAGAACUUCAUGAAGACUUCCUGGAAGAAGGCACUGGAUUAGGUCCAACUCUAAAGGAUGAAGAAAGGCAGCAAAAGGAAGAAGAUAAGGCUGCCCCGAGAGAUCUGUAUGUGUCCCCUGAAGUGCACUGUGAGGAACAGCUAGGUUAUGAGGAAAGUGGCUUUUCAGAGUCGAGUACAGAGUACACUACAGAACAGGAGGAGAGUGUGAGCAAGGCCUCUGAGCUGUGCAUGCUGGCACAGGUGAGAGGAGAUGCUGGGAGGAGAACGAGUAGUCUGUCCCAAAAUGAGCAACACAUCAGCAAAUGUGUCCUUAAUUUAAAAAUUGUUCAGAGCAUGUUGCAGCAGGCAGCAGAUUCCCUGUGCAGAACAGAGGAGAAACUGGACAAAUUAGAGGCCACUGAAAAGCAAAAGAAGCUGCUCCAGGAAAUCAGAAUGAAUCAGCUUUCCAAUCAAAUUUUUCAAGAAAGACACUGGAGCAGAUCUGAUGAUACUUCCCAAAAUACCGGUAACGCUUUUUCUGGAGUUAAUAAUUCUUUCUGGAAGGCUGUAGGUCCACCAUCAAGUGACUAUAUUCCACCACAGAUAAUACAUCAGCCACAAGGAGCAUUGAAUGGAGACAGUUUCCAAGCUGUUUCAAAGACAGCAGAGGAAAUGGAGCAUUUACUCCCACGUGUAUCUGUAAGAUGCAAAAAAAAGUUCAACUUGCAGUGUCAGAGAGGAGGUGAUUCACAUUCUGCAGCAAGUGGAAGUGCAGAAGAGAGGUGGUGCUAUCCAAAAUCAAGAUCUGAAAUAUACAGUACAAAAGUAAGUGAGGAGAGAAGGAUGCGGUCAGAAUGGAGGACUGAAGUAAAACAAAUGGCCAGAAGAGUGGCCUCAGGACAACUGGAGCUUGGCUCUCUAUACCCCGCCAGUGAAUGUACAUCUGAAAGUGAAGCAGAGAGUAUAAAGGAAGCCUUUCAACAUGUCACUGUUAGAGAUCAAAAAAGUCAAGACCAACAAAGAUACAGGUGGCAGACAGGUGGUAAUGUUGAGCCUUGGGAUCUGGGCAGUGAGGAUAGAUCUGAAUCUGAGGAGAGUGAUGUGGAGUCUGCAUUCAGAAGUCCUGGAGGUGGAGGUCACCCCCAUGAGCAGGGAGACCCUUCGUUGUCAUUGAUUACCAUGUAUCAUCAUGGGAGACCCAAAGCUUUCAGUGCUGCAGAGAGAAGUUGCCCAACAUCAUCACAAGAUGAACAAGCAGAGUCUGGAAUAGCCAUUCAUAAGGAUGCAGUCCUUCCCCAACAAGUUGAGAAUCUCUCUAGAGGGCAUUCAAGGGAAUUACAUUGUUCCUUUAAUUCAUCUCCUGAUGUGUCUGAAGAAUUCUUGACUCCUGAUCCUGGUUACUUCAUUCCUCCUACUAAGGGAAGUUCAGAACUAGAGACCUCAGUUGCUGAGGGCAAAUUAGAAGAUGCUUGUGAAGGAUUUUUACAGAAACAGUUAGCUGAUGAUGCAGGUUCAGGUCUUCAGGUUUCAGGAGGAAAAAUACUCUUCAGCAGCACGGUGGUGCAGAACUCUGGCCGUAACACACUAGGAGUUGAUCAACUUAGCCAUAUGCCUGUAGCCAGUGUUGGAGCAGCACAAGAAGUGAUACCCUGCAAGCCACAGGAAGAAUGCAGAGAAAAAGAUGUAUCGGUAACAGAUAUUCAGGAUUUGUCGAGUAUCCCCUGUGAGCAAGAGGACUACUGCAGGGAUAUAGAUUGUAAAACGCCCAGAGCGAGUCAUGCACCAACGAGCUUCAGCACUCCACUCAGCUCAGAAGAAAAAAUUCCAAUAGCCUUUGAGAAAUACAAACACUGCCAUGAAGUAGCUUCAGAUUCUUCCUUUUGUGGUUCUCAAGAGAUCUCCUCCGCAGUGUCCAGGACAUUCACUACAGCCUAUGAAGAGGGAAGGAGCACUGAAAUUCCCUCGGCUGCUUCAGGAGUUUGCUCAUCUGAAUUGAAUGAGCCUGAUAGGCUGCCAAAAGUUGCUUCAUGCUUGAGAAGCACCAGGAAGCCAUCUGCACUCUCACAGCCAUCUAACCAAUUCACUGAUGAGCUGCCUCCACCAGCCCAAGAGCUGCUGGAUGAAAUUGAAUAUUUAAAGCAGCAAGAUUCCCUCACUCAAGACUUUAAAGAGAAGGGAUUGUGUGGCUACGGAGUGCAAAUCAAUGUUCCCGAUCAAAUUAAAGUGGAAAACGGAGAGUCAGAAAAAGAACCUGAGAGAAAUAAGAAGAGCAAUCAUAGUUUAUGGACUAAGGAGUCGUUUAAUCUAACAGAGGAAACAGAAAGGGCUCACUCUACUCUUGAUGAUAUUUUAGAAAGAAUGCUGCAUGCAGUUCCUGGAGAUGAGGAGAUCCAAGAACCACCUCAGGGACACACUCUUGGGGCUGCAAGCCUUCAAGAACCAGAAGGUGUUGGAAGGAAGAAGGGAAUAGAGGAAGGUGGAGCCGGGGCCAGAGGCAGAGCGCCACAAAGCUGUGCAGGGAGUUCAGAAGAUCCUCUUGACAUGUGUCCUGAAGAUCAGAAAUCCCACUUAAGAGAACAGCUGUUUUCAUCUUCACCAUUCAGGAUAAUUGUUUUGGAUCAGAGCUCUCCUCCAUGAUUAAAAUGGAUAGUAAGUUCUAAUACAUCACCUGCUUACUGCUGCUUGUACAGUAUACACCCUGUGAAUUGCAACCCUUUUUGGCCACAUAAACAACUGUAAAGCUCCAACUCCCUUUAACUGCAGCAGCAAGUACAGAAGAAAAUCUAAAGCUCUACUUUGUAACACAGUCUGUACUGGUUUUACGCCAUCGUUGCAUGUAGAGGCAGUAUCAAUAAUACCACAGAACUGAACUGUUUUCUGAAUGUAACAUCCUUAUGAAGCUGGCUAUAUGGUGGGGUUUUUUUCUGUGCACACACACUUUCAUAAGCAAAAGAAUUUCUCGCUCUGUUGCAUUACACGGUUUUCAGUGUUAAGAGACAUAAUGAUUGUCAUUCUGUGGGCUCCUGUUACUGCUCAGGCACUUACAUUUUUCCAUGCUGGAAUGUGGAGCACUGUUACAGCACACACAGUGUAUGUUUUUCCUUGCUCAUUAAAUUUAACAAGGUAAUUUCUUGUUUUCUCUUUUCUUAGUGCUUUUGUGAUUUAGUGUUGAACUGAUUUGACUGAUUAAGAGGAUUAAUUGCUGUGCAAAAAACUAAUGAGAAAAAGGCAGUGUUCUCCAGAGAUUGCAAGUGCAGCAAUACAUUUUCUGCCAGCAUUAGAAAAGAAUAUGAGGAAAUCUGGUCAGUAUUAUGAAAAUACUUGUUGUUUAAUUAAACCACACUUUUGGUAGGCCUCAUCCAAAAAGCCAAUUCCCUGGAUAUAAUUGAGCUUUGGAUCAGGAUUUUGAGGAACGCAGCAACUUCAUAUUUAACUUUUCUUGUGAUAAAUACUGUUCAUGUGCAGGAGGUGUGAAGAUGGUCCUUGUCCCUUUUUGACAGACACUGGAUUUUAGCUGUUUUCUUGCAGCUGGGUGUACCACAUGUUGCUUUUUCAUUCCUGUUCAUCUAGGGAAAUGCUACAUAUCUGUAACAGUUAAUUAAUUUCGUUUAACAAUACUAAUAAAAGUUUCCAAGGUUA